AUGCACGGCGCCGCUAACUCGGUGCCGCCCCACGCCGGCACCGAGGCGACUUUCACCGAGUCUAUCGUCCUUGAAUCGUCCGUCGAUAGUGCAGAUAGCACAAUCACCAAGAGGGCGCACUAUGCUCCCCCGUGGGCCGAUGUCAGUAUCAUUGGCAUCGCCGGUAGUUCGGGUUCGGGAAAGUCGACGCUCUCCCAAGCCAUUGUCAGCAAGCUGAAUUUGCCGUGGGUUGUUAUCUUGUCCAUUGAUUCGUUCUACAAGAGCCUAGACGCAGAAUCGUCCAGGAAAGCGUUUCGUAAUGAGUACGACUUUGAUGCUCCCGAUGCCAUUGACUUUGAUGUCCUUGUUGAGCGUCUGAGGGAUCUCAAAGCUGGAAAGCGUGCUGAGAUCCCAGUCUAUUCGUUCGAGAAGCACGCCCGAAUUGACCGUACUACCACCAUCUAUUCGCCACAUGUCCUCAUUCUAGAGGGCAUCUUCGCCCUGUAUGAUCAAAGAGUGCUUGAGCUAAUGGACAUGAAGAUAUUCUGCGAAGCUGAUGCAGAUACUUGCCUCUCAAGAAGAAUAUUGCGAGAUGUCAGAGACCGUGGUCGCGAUGUCGAGGGAAUCAUCAAGCAGUGGUUUUCUUUUGUCAAGCCGAAUUUCGAGAAGUUUGUCGACCCUCAGCGGAAAGUUGCCGACAUCAUCGUUCCACGAGGCGUUGAGAAUCGCGUUGCGAUAACUAUGAUGGUGCAGUUCAUUGAGCAAAAGCUGCUCGAGAAAUCCAAACACCAUAGAGCAGCCCUCACCCGCCUUCAAAAAGAGGCCUUGACUGAGCCGUUCUCUAAUAAGGUGCUCCUCAUGGGACAGACGCCCCAGCUCCGUGGUAUGCAUUCAAUAAUACAUGAUAUCGAUACUUCCAGCGAAGACUUUAUUUUCUAUUUCGAUCGGUUCACGGCCCUUCUGGUCGAACAAGCGCUCAACAAUGUCACUUUUGCAUCCUCAACAAUCGUCACGCCUCAGGGCUACAAGUAUGCCGGGUUAAAAUCUCGCGGGGAGGUUUCGGCAAUCAUCCUCUUGCGUGGUGGCGCGGCCCUUGAGGCUGGUCUCCGCCGAGUUAUCAACGACUGCAAGACGGGUCGGAUCCUGAUCCAGAGUAACGUGCGGACUGGUGAACCAGAGCUGCAUUAUCUGGCGCUUCCCCAGGACAUCAAUCAGCAUGAGUCUGUACUCCUCCUUGAUGCCCAGAUGAGCGGCGGCGGCUCCGCCCUGAUGGCCGUGCAAGUUCUCGUGGACCACGGCGUCGAUCCAGGCCGCAUCGUACUCGCCACGUACAGCGCCGGGCGGAUGGGGCUGCACCGACUGACAAAGGUGUUCCCCGACAUCACGGUCGUGGUUGGGAACCUAGUCCAAGAUGUUGAGGACAGAUGGGUGGAGAAGAGAUAUUUCCGCUGCUGA